AUGGACCAGCACGUCCUGCCGAAGAUCGACGACGACGACGAGGCGCCGCCGUCGCGCAUCGUCGACGACCUCGACGAGGAGGACUACGAGGACCCGCCGGCGUCGCCGCUCUUCACGAUGACCUGCGGGCUGCUCCCGGCGUCCAUGUGCGGCGGCUGCAUGCCCGAGGACCUCGCGGAGCAGCAAUCGGCCAACGCGCCCGUGGAUCUGCCGGUGGCGCGCCGGGGGUCGACGACGCUCUCGCGGUCGCGGGGGCGGGUCGCGCGCGCGCUCGUCGUGGGGAGCAGCACGCGGAAGUCCGCCGUCGUCGCCGCGCUGCGCCUCGGCGCGGCGUCGGCCGCGCGGGGCGCGCGGUCGAUCUCGCGGGCGACGUCGGUGAAGACGGACAUCACGACGACGUCGGCGCGGACGCGGAGCGGUGCGGCCGCGCCGGUGGUCAUCGUCAACUCCGUGCCCGCGCGCGACCUCGACUCGCCGCGCGCGACGUCCGAGUUCCACGCGUACCUCGAGCGCGCGUCCUGCGCCAUCGUCGCCGUCGACUACGACCUGAACCCGCGCUGGUCCGACGACGCCGCGGAGUGGGUCGCGCUCGUCAAGGACGCGCGCGACAUCCCGGUCGCGCUGCUGGUCUCGACGGACGACCACGUCGACGACGAGGACCCGCGCGUCGAGCAGCGCGUCGACGAGGCCUACGUCGCCGAGGACGCCGACGCGUUCUGCGCGCGCGCGGAGGUCGUCGGCUGGUACCGCCACCACCCGUCGGACCCGGAGCGCGACGAGACGCGCGCGUGCAUGGCCGCGGUCCUCGGCCGCGCCGACGGCGACCGGGUCCGGACGACCGCGGCGGCGGCGACGGGCCCGGCGCUGUGCGCCGGCGAGAGCUGGCUCUAA